AUGUUCUGCAAGUGGCACAUGAGGGACCGCAAGGAGCUGCUGCAGCAGGUGCGCACGUUCGAGUUCGAGAAGGCGGAGUGCCUCAAGGAGAGCGACCGCGAGUUCGUCCAGGAGCAGAUCGAGCACUGGUUCGGUGAGGUGGCGCAGUUCGAGCACUACGUUCGCACGGCUGUGGCCGAGCGCGUGGAAGAGAUGCUCAAUGAGCAGGGCCCGGUCCCGUACCACGUGGUGACCGUGGGCUCGCUCAGUCAUAUCCUCGUGAGUUCGACGAUCAUCAUAAAUGCCGUGCAGGACGGCAUCCCGAACUUGGUGAACAUCUGCAUUGCGUUCGCCAGCAUCUGCUUCUUCACGGAUGCGAUCGCGAUGCGUCUCAUCACGGACCUGGCGGGUACGACUUUCGGAGAUGCGCCCGCAGGCGGGCACUCCCUGCUGAGCCGGCUCAGCGGCCCCCUGGCCACCGCCAUGAUCUUCUCCGUCUGCCUCGCCGUGCCGCUGGCACUGAUAACCCCCGCCGCUCCCCAGUGGCUCGCAGUCCUCCUCGUCGUCAUCGAGCUGGUGGUCACGUGCAUGCUCUACUUCCCCCGCCGAGUGGUCAGGGGAAUGUUCCCGUCGACGCCCAGAGAGGCCAACGUGCCAGCGGUUGCUUGA